AUGUUCCAGAAGGAGAAACCCGUUCAUUCGUUAAUCGCAGGCGCGUCAGCUGGUGCUAUUGAGGCUUUUAUCACAUACCCUACAGAAUUUGUCAAAACACGGUCGCAAUUCGGUGGAAAGAGACAAGGGCCCAUAACGAUUAUCAAAGAGACUCUGAAGAACAAGGGCAUCGUUGGACUUUACUCUGGAUGCUCAGCACUAGUCAUCGGCAAUGCUACCAAGGCUGGCGUGCGGUUCGUGAGUUAUGAUCAUUUCAAGCAAAAAUUGGCAGACUCUCAGGGCAAAGUGAGCGCACCACGGAGUCUUGUUGCGGGUUUGGGCGCGGGCAUGAUGGAGGCACUACUUGCCGUGACGCCAUCAGAAACCAUCAAAACGAAACUCAUAGAUGAUGCCAAUCGACCGAAUCCACAGUACCGCGGUCUCGUACAUGGAACAAUAUCCAUAGUACGGCAAGAGGGCAUCACGGGGAUAUAUCGUGGACUAUGGCCGACAAUGAUGCGGCAAGGCGCUAAUUCUGCUGUUCGCUUUACGACGUAUUCGACACUGAAACAGUUUGUUCAAGGCACAGCUCGUCCCGGACAAACAUUACCUAGUACCAUUACCUUUGGCAUCGGUGCUAUUGCUGGGCUAGUAACGGUCUACACUACUAUGCCUUUGGACGUCAUCAAGACUCGUAUGCAGUCAUUGGAAGCACGUUCGCAGUAUCGCAAUUUUGCUCACUGCGCGUAUCGGAUAUUUACAGAGGAGGGGAUCCUGAGGUUCUGGACCGGGACUACCCCAAGGCUCGCUCGGCUGGUGAUGAGUGGCGGUAUCGUGUUUACUGUGUACGAGAAUAUAAUCAAGGUUCUUGUCGGUAGAAGCCCAUGAAAACAGG